AUGCCUUCCCUCCAAGACAGCAAGCUCGCCUUCAUUGGCGGAGGCAACAUGGCCUCCGCCAUCAUCGGUGGCCUGGUGACCAAGGGCGUUAACAAGCAGAAUAUCACCGUUUCCGAGCCGUGGGACGUUAACCGGGAAAAGCUCGCCGCUGUGGGUGUGAAGACCACCACCGAUAACACCGAGGCUGGCGCCGAUGCCGAUAUUGUCAUCAUCGCUGUCAAGCCACAGGUCACCAAGGGUGUCUGCGAAGAGCUGGGAGCUUCCUGGUCCAAGCGCGCAUCUCUCCCCGUUGUCGUCAGUAUCGCCGCCGGAAUCACACUCAGCAGCCUGGAAGAGUGGUCGCGUACUUCCGAUGGACGCUCCGCACACGUUGUUCGCGUCAUGCCCAACACCCCUGCGCUUGUCGGUGAGGGUGCCUCCGGUGCUUACGCUAGCGCCGAGGUCACCUCCGAGGAGAAGGAGCUUGUGAACGCACUGCUAAGCAGUGUCAGCAAGGCAACCGAGUGGGUUGAUAAGGAGGAGCUCCUUGACGUUGUGACUGGUCUUUCUGGAUCGGGACCUGCCUACUUUUUCGCUAUGGUGGAACACCUCAUUGCUAGUGCUACCGCUCUGGGCUUGCCCCAAGAGCAGGCUACUCGCUUGGCUACCCAGACUUGUCUUGGUGCUGGCAAAAUGCUUGUUGAGUCAUCCGAUGAGCCCGGCCAGCUGCGCAAGAAUGUGACCAGCCCCAACGGAACCACAUAUGCUGCUUUGCAGACCUUCGAGGCACAGGGUUUCAAGGAGAUUGUUGACAAGGCUGUUCAGGCAGCUACUUCGCGGUCUGCGGAGCUGGGAAAGAACUAG